GUAUCAUCUCCUGCAACUUGAACUCUCUACGCUUGAAAAUCCGUUGCGAACCGUCCGGGACUCCGGACGAGUCCAGCUCCCACCCGCCGGGCCGGACCCUACGUUGCCCUCUACAGGAGCUCGUCAGCUGGGCCGUUCACGCGUCGACCGCUGUGGUCAGACAGGAGACUGUGAUGCAAGAGAAUAUACUGUGUCCCUUUCCUCGGGAACUCCUCGAUGCCAUGGGAGUCAUCCAAGAGUGAUCCCGCAUAAAUACCAGGUGCUCAGUGAAUAUUGUCCCCGGCACGCCUGAGCCUGGUUCUGUCAUGAGAAUGCUCCUACGUUCCUUUGCCACAGUGGCAGCUACGGCGUCAGCAAGUGCGUUCGCGAGCGUAGCCGCGGGCAACACGGCCGCCUCAAGCUUCGACUGGCAGUCCAUUGAAUACGUCUAUGCGUUCGGAGACUCUUACACGUUCGUACAAGGUACUCACGGCCUCGCCAACUUCAGCUUCAUCGGGGAUUUAUUUGAUCUAUCAUUCACGCCUGGCGAGUUGCUGACGGACGAAAUCGUCUACAAGAAUACAAGCUCAGACGGCGCUAACUGGAUUGAAUACUUGACGGGAUGUUUCGCCGGAGACCCCGCCUUCUGUCCUCGAAAGCUAUGGGAUUUCGCGUUUGCCGGUGCAGACAUUGACGGAAAUAUUUUGCCCUUGCACCACAACUUCACCAUUCCACUCGUCGAUCAAGUGAAGCAAUGGGUCACUUAUGCAAAAGAUGUUGUCCCGCAUCCGGUGAAGAAUACGUUGACAGCAUGGUGGAUUGGUAUCAACGAUACAGGAGAUACUAUAUCAAACGCGACUAUCACAGACUGGACUGCUUUCUGGAAUGCCGAGAUGACAUCGUAUUUCAACGCCGUGCAAUCCGCCUACGACAAUGGUCUUCAAGGCGCACACCUGUUCAUCAAUGUGCCGCCUGGGGAACGCGCACCAGCACAUACCGACUCGGACGACCAGGACACCAUCAAGGCGCACAUCGAGCUCUACAACAGCGUCCUCGCGGACUAUGUCGCCGCAUUCGCCAAGGAGCACCCGGACACGAAUGUGCUGACCUUCGAUGCGCAUUCCUGGUUCAACGAGGUACUCGACAAUGCUGCUGUGUACGGUUUCACCAAUACCACUGGGUACUGCACCUGCUCCGAUCCGUCAUACUUCUGGUACAAUACCGGACAUCCAACCGAGCGCGUACACCGCCUCCUCGCCGCUGCAAUCGGCAGCAGUUUGAAGAAUGCGUCGGCUCGAGGGUAGCCCUCCGUAGUCUGGUUGUAUACUCACAUUUAGUCGCGGUGUUUCUUAAGUCAAUUCGAUGUCAUUGAAGUAGUAACCACUGGCAGUGCUCCCUGUUCCAUGAUAAGUGCGAGGGUGGCCCUAUCGAUAGAACUGCCCCAUGCUGUCUUGAUCAUAUACCACAACUAACUUCAAGUUGAAGUUAUG